GCUCUUGAUUCCUGUCUCACAUAUGCAUUCGUGUUUAAAUGCAUGCCUUGUGCCUUAUGUAUACACAAAUGUAUUACUCCUUUUUUAAACCACGAGCAAACAUUCUUUAUGAAACAGACACAGGAUGCACUGAUUCACUCAUUUGACAGUCGACAUCCACAGUGCCUCACAGCUCUUAGGAGUGAUGUAUUACCAUGUAUAAAGCUAAAUUGUUGACCGCUUACAGACACAUUUGUGAUAAAGUGUCCAGCUUGUGUUAUUACGACUUUAUUUUCUGAAUAUUUGCAUUCUGUGUACUGACGAUAAUGCAUUUACCGUAUUCAGAAAAAGUUUUGGAAACAUGUUUUGAUAGACAUAGGUGUAUAUAUAAGUAGAAUGUCUUAAGGAUUCUUGCCUUCAAAAAUGUAAAUAAAUAAAUAAAUAAAUAAAAGCAACGUUCAUCCUAACAUGUCCUGACAGCCCUAAUGGAAAUACAUUAAAUUACAUUAUAUCACAACGCUAAUGAAUUCUUGAUUCUGAUUGAUCAGAAGGUUGAUUAAUUUUCUAUAACAGCAGCUCUGACAGUAGUUCAGUCUACAAGGAUUUAUAACAGGAACUAGCUUGUUUCUUGUACAUUCCACAGCAUUAAAUGUAACUAAAAACUGGUACAAAUUAAUACUAGUAAUAGUAAUAAAUAAAAAAUGUAAUAAUUGGCAAAUUACUGUUUUGUAAGAUUAACUUAUUUUGAGACUUAGUUUUAUAGGACAAUAAUUAUAACAGCUCAUAAUUACUAAGCAUUCUCGCAUCACCCUGUUGUUCUUAUUCCUUACAUAUUAGACUUUAAAAGCAGCAAGUGGUUGUACUGCAGAAAUUGAAUAAACUAUGCUGUAGAAACUAAAAAUCAAGAUGCAUCAGCAUGCCCCAGCAUAUAGGGAUGUAAGCUUUCCACUAAUGCCUUUAAUUUGUUUGAAGCGUAUUUCCUCCCGUGCGCCUGACAUUUACAUGUUCAUUAACAGAGCUCGUCGAAGUGCCCUUUUCAAUCAAGGGAGGAGGCUAUUAGCAGACAGAGCAUUGUUCCUCUGCACAUUACCAGGGGAUAUAAGCACAGCAGCAGAAUAAACACCCUAGCUGAUGCAGGAAAAUGCCAAGGCUCUGGGAUAGUUAAAGGAGAUGCAGGAUUUAAUUAGAAAAACGUGAGUUAGUUGGGGCAUAUUGUGCCUCGGUGAAGUCAGUGGUAACAAGGUAUGCUUAUUCAAAAGACCCUGUUCAAUAGGGGAGGGAAAUAUGAUUAAAAAAAAAUCAUAUAACAAUUCUGGUUAUGAUACUGUACAUGGUACUAUGUUUUCAAAUUUAUUUUAACAUCAAAACUAAUUACUUAACAUAAAAAAACAUUAAAAAGGCAGGAAAUGAAACAUUUCAUAUGAAAAUACAUUAUAUACAUUCAUUUGUUAAUACUGUUAGGAACAAUGGAUAAUAGAUAAAGCCUUUUAUCUCGUAAAAGCAUAUUUUGCAGUAAUUUAUCACAAUUUCCAUAUUUGGUUGUUAUACUGCCCAGCCCUACUUUUCAGUCUUCCAAUGAAAUGGCUUCAGUGAUGCUUUCUGACAUUCAUAUUUGAGUAAAAAAAACCUGCACGAGCAGUUGUUCAAACUAGAGUCAUGUCUAGAAACACACAUGGUUGCCACCUUGCAAUAUGCAAACAUGACACUCAAUUAUUCAAGAGCAAUCUUUUUGAAAGCCGUAAGCAUCUGUAAUGGUAGAGCGUAACAGUUUAUGUGGUGAUGCCCACAGGAUUAUGUAAUCAAACAGUCAUUAUGUUCAGUGAACCCAGUGCCUAAAGACGUUUAAUUAUUCCUAAUGAAGUCAGCCAUAUGUGUGGUGUACAGAGAUGAAGAACAAGCUGAUGGUUUUAAUUAAGUGUAGCUACAUUUUCCAUCGAACUAACACACAAAUAGCACACACAUUUAUUCUAUACCAACAAAUAAAAUUUCCAAGGUUUAUAACAACAGAGUUUCAGGACUGAAGAAAAACAUGGAGUUUCCCAAUUAUCAUUAGAUAACGUGUGUGUUAUAGUGCCAGACAUUAUUUCUUUUAUUGUUUCCUGAGAGAAAGACCAUUCUACCACUUGUGUGGUCUAUUAUUAAUAUAGUAAUCUUUAUUAUAACAGGUUCAGAAAACUUUGAAUAGGUCUGUAGGGUCCUAGAUGGAUCCAGUGGAUUUUGUAAAUGAUAAGGUGUUUUUAAGAAUUAUCUGCCCUUUGAUGCUCUUUAUUACCUCCUGUCACAAUAUCAGUUCUAACACUGGUAUUGUCCAUAAUGGAGUCAAUAUUUCCAGAGUGGGUAAAACACAGUCAUGACAUAUGGCAUCCCUCUACCACCCCCACACUGAACACUCUCACCAGUUUCUGUCAAUUGAUUAUGCUUGAGUGAACCAGCCCCCCUGUUUGGGAUUAAAGUCUAGACGUGUCCUAUUGGGCGCCAGAGCAGAACCAGGUCUCCAAUUGGCAGAAAGCUACAUAUAGGGCUAGCAAACUUGGCCUCUGAAAGGUGAGAGGACUAGAGACUGACAGAAGGGAGGAACUCCCCUGUGUGAAAGAUGAUGCAAGCUUUCUAUGAAAGAGGCUGGUGAUGGUCUUCACGCUCAGAUGAACUCCAUGAUGGGAGCUCUCCAAGAACUCAAACUUCUCCAAGUCCAAACCGCUCUUGAGCAGCUGGAGAUCUCGGGAAGAAAGAAUUGUGUGGCUCCACAGCCAGCUAAAUCCAUUAACUGUAACUUUGAGCCUCAAAACCAGCAACAUCAGUUAUCUGAGAUCUCUGGCCAAGAAGAUCAAGUUCAAUUCCAUCAACUACAUCACAGUAGUGUCGGGACUUCACCCUCUACAUCCAGCCUAGAGAGUGAGGGUAUGCCUUUGCCCAGGAAGAUCUCAGGAUACACUGCUCCCCAAGUGGACUAUUGUGGCCCAAAAUUGUGUCAAACACCAACAGACCACCAAAGCAUGCACCCACACUCAUCCCAACUUACACCAGUGGAUCUGUCUGGGAUUCUCCAUAGCUUGUCUCGAGAGGGACCAUCCUUAGACAGUGACUAUAUCGAGGACAGCUUGGACGACUCCAGUGAUUGGACCUCCUCUCUCAUGAGUCGCAGCCGCAAUCGUCAACCUCUGGUACUUGGAGACAAUGUGCUUGCUGACCUGGUAGGUAACUGGCUUGACCUGCCUGAAGUGGACAAAGACUGUGUUGAAGGGGGAAAGGGAAUAAACAGACCAGACUCCCCAGCUCAUCCACUCUACCUCAGCCGAUCCCAAGAGCUCUGCAAGAGGUUCUCACUGACCAGCAACAUCUUUAAGAAGUUUCUACGUAGUGUGCGACCUGACCGGGACAAAUUGUUGAAAGAAAAACCUGGCUGGAUGCCACCAGGUCAUGACUCUGAAGCAGAGCUUUUCAAGAGACCCAAGAAAACCACUAAGGCCAAGGGUAGAUUCUACUUGCCAUUUUGGGCAGGGGGUGGACAGCAAGCAAAGGGUCGAUUGUGUCCUCAGCCAGCUGAGGAGAGCAGCCAGUUGUUAGGACUUUACCUAGAUAGGAGACCUACAGAUGCAGUGGAAAAGGUCCAGCCUUUGCUUGAUUACAAUACAGCUGUUUGGGUUUAACAAGGAAUUUCUGGAGAGCUGGGGUGGGAAUCCAACAUUUGCGCAGGACUGAGUGAGGUUAAAAUGGAUUUGGUUUGGACUUUGUCAAUGACAAUCUAUUAAAUCCUUUAGGGUGUGAAAUGAGAUCAUCUUCUGACGAUGCACUUAACUGCACUCGACUAUGAGUGAGAAUACAAAUACCCAAGACACUUCUGCUGAUAUGCUUAUAUUUUUUUAUUCUUCACUCUUUCUUGUUUUAAUGUCUUGUGCACAGGUCUACCAUGGUGUCUGUACUGAAUUACCACGGUCUGCACUGAAUUGCCACGGUCUUCAUUCAGGGCAAAUAGAGGUUUCUCUCAACUAUAAACUACUGUAAAACUGUUCAGCAUGUUUACUUUUGGAUCUGUCUUUAGAGGUUUCAUUAUGUAUGGCACAGAUCCUCUUCACAACACCUUCACGUAGACCUGCAUUUAGAAUCUUAUUGAAACAGAAAGAAAGCGUCAAACUGUUUUUAUAUACCUAGAAUUUAAUAUCACACAUGUACCUAUACUCCCUGUUUUUUUUUUUUUAAUUACAAUCCAAAAUAAAUAAUUCAUUUGCUUGUGCAAAUGCAUAAACUGCAUGUGCAGUUAGUGGACAUCUUGCAGCUGGCAUACAAAGGAAAAUAGUAUACAUGAUGGGUGGGACUUCCAGAAGAAUAAACUGAAACUUGAGAUGACAUAAUAUCAAAAAGCUACAGCAAAAAAUGUAAUAGUACAUGAUGUGUAAUAUGAUGCAUAUUUAAAUUCAAAGUCAUAUACAAAGCAUAUACAAAGUCAAUGCAGUGCUUGCUCAUUGGACAUAGACUCCAUUAGUAAAUUUGCUUGAACAUUUUUUUUUAUGUUGCCAUGUUAAUGCAUGGUUUUGUCUAUUUUGUUUUGUUUAAAUUAAUCAGGGCCUUGGCGUACAAACAUACCUGAUGGUGAAUAAGUGCUGGGAUACAUUUUCACAGUUCAUUUUUUUCACAUUUAGGUCAAUCCAGUGAUUUUGCUAUAAGCAAAAAAUGACACUUUUUUCUGUAAGAAAAAAUUCUACAUAGGCCAUAUGUACUGUGUCUGUACUGUGAUAAAGGAAGCUCCAACUGACCAGCUCGCUAUUAUCUGUGCCUGCAGUCAGAUUAUGGACCAUUUUAAAAGACAUAUAAUCCCUUUUGAAUCUUACGUAAUCUUUAACGGGGGAAUAUGAGGCUACAGUCCUCAGUUGGUGGCUUGUCAGGGAAAAAAAUGCAUACAAGUACUUACACUGAGUGGAAAAGCUGUGGGUUUUUUCCAGAUAUGAAAUAUAUUUCAGCAUCAUGCAGCAUUCACAAUUCAUGACAUAAACGUAAAUUAACGCGGAGAAAAUGCUGAUACACAAAAAGCCAUUCUGUGCUCUGAGGGUGGAAAUGAGCUGUCAACACUUUUCUACCAUACUUGCAAAGUACUUUUGUACCUAACUCUGAUUUUUAAAGUGGAAAUGAGAAUGGAAAUGUAUAAAUGAUGUCUAGUUUGUUAAGCCUGUAUUUUGUUGUCUUGCCAAAGCAAGGAUUUUUUAACAAGUUACUGAAAUCAGUGUGAUGUGUAAAUAUACUGUGAGACCUGUCUGUUGUCACAAUUUCAAUAAAAAUUUAUAUUUCUUUAUAUAGAAAAAUCCUAAUUAAGUGUCAGUGAUGGCCUCACUACAUGUCUGAAACUCAAAAACACAUGCAAUGACUGAUAAUCUGGGCUAAGACAUAUGGGAAUGCUGCAUUCUUUAAAUAAAACAUAAGGUUUUCAUCAAGUUGAGUGGUUCCCUUUGCAAAAACAGUUUUCAAAAUUAUUGGCACCCCCACCAUUAAUAUUUAAUGUAGCCUUUCCUGUAGAGAACAACACAUUGAGCCUAUUCCCAUAAUGUCUAACAAGAUUGGAGAUUUUGGACCCUCCUGCAUGCAGAAUAUUUUAAGCUCAUUUAUAUUCUUAUGUUUGUGCAUGUGGACACACUUUUCAAUCUAGAUAACAGGUUCGAAUCCAGAGACUGAAAUGUUCAUUGCAAAACUGAUUUGGAGUCCUGUGUUUACUUUUGUUGAUUUAGGGUUAAUUUUGUACCAACACUUUGUGCAGUUCAGUCAGAAACUUUGAUUUUGGACUCAUUGGACCACAAAACAUGAUUCCAACUGUAGCUCCAGUGAGGCUUGGUGGAAGUCAAGAACUUAAUUUUUUGGGUUUGGGUUUCAGAAAGGGCCAAACAGGAUGUUAUUAUUGUGGCACAUAAUAUGUAGUGUAAGGAGGGGGAAUGAGGACAUGGGAGGCAGGCUUCUAAUCUGCCAAUGAAGAUUAUUUUAUUUAAAUUAACAUAGUGCUUCCAUUGUCUGUUCAUGGUCAAUGUUAGUAGAGUUGUCUGCAUCCUCUCUCUCUCUCUCUCUCACAUUAACUGCACACAGGUGUAGAUACUCACUCAUUACCUGAUCAUUCUCCAUGACUCCUCUCCUGCUUCACAUGUGGUGCUCACACCCCAGUUGCCACAGUAAGUAUUACAUGAGAUGACUCCGAGAAUCAACAAAACUCACUCAUUCAUUCACUUUCAAUAAUCACUUUAUCCUGGUCAGUGGUUCGGUGGAUCCGGAGCCAAUCCUAGGAACACUGGGCACAAACCACCUACUUGCAUUUUUUCGAGAGAUGGGAGGAAACUAGAGAACCUGGAGGACACCCAUGUGGACAGAAAGAUGACAUGCAAAACUCCACACAGACAGUAACUUGAGCUCAGGCUCGAACCAUGCACUAGCCAUCAACUAUACUGCUAUUCGGAAACUGUGAACAUUGGGCUCUACUUAACUGCUUAUAUAUUUUUAAUUUAAGUUAAGGGUUUUUUGGAAGGGUGCUAAUAAUGCUGGAGUUGGUAUCCACCCUUCUUCCCUGUUAAAUAAAUAAAUAAAUAACUGUUUUUAGUGAAUUAGUUGACAUAACCAUUGUCACCAAUCAUUAGCAUCCCUACACCCUGUAACGGUGUUUUAUUUCUUAUAAACACAAAGAUUUCAAAACCACAAUCUGUCCAUUCAGGGCAGCCAGGUGCAGGGUUGGAUAGGAAACUGAGCAGUUCUUCCCAAGCGCAAGAACCCGAGGGCUGCAGCUGUCGUCUUCCUCACAGACUCCUUCUCUUCUAUGUUCCCCUCGGGACUGAGAGAGAAAGAGCGUGAGGGACGUGAGCACUCACUAACUGGAUGACUGCCUUCCUCUGUCCUUCCUCACUCCAUCCCCCCUCUUCCUGUCUCACUGCCUGGGCAGCUGCUGCUCUCUCACUGCCCCCAGAAGUAGGCCACAAAGCAGCGGCUCCGUCUCGUUGCACAAUCACGCUCUGUAACCCGACAGCACAUGACCAUUUUUGCUAGACAUAGUCCAGUGUUGAUAAUGAGAUUAAGAAGGGAUUGAUUUUGAGAUUGAUGAGUGAGCGAAUGUGUUUGGAAGGAGCUGGAAAGAGAAUGAGAAGUGGAUCAAAUUCCUGAUCCCACAAAUUCAUUCUUCCUUUCAAUGUCUUCAGCUGUUCCAGCCACAGCUUUACUGCAGGCCGCCGGAAUGUGCUCACAUUUCACUUUUUAUAUUUAUCACCAGAGAGACAGAGAGAGGGAGAGAGGGAGAGAGAGAGAGAAUGGUAAAUCAGAACUUCACCCUCCUGCUGAGUUGCUUUUCCCACACCUCAUACUCAGAAAGGUAUAUUAAACAGUUCACUUCCUCUGUCACAUUUUGGUCAUUUUGGUUUUGAUAGCAAUCCUGGUCACAUCUGAGUAGAUACGUGCAAAACUUUAAAGAUGUUCAAAUCAGCUCCAUAAUUAUUGGCACCCUUUCCAAUAGGAUGGCAAAAAUUAUUGUAUCCUUAAUUCUCUUUAGAGUAAGAUCCUAAAAGAUCCUAAAUAGAUCCUAAAAUAGCAUGUUCUCAAAAAAAAAAAAAAAAAUCUUAAACACAAGUGAGAAGGGUUAGCUCAUAAAAACAUGGGUUUUUCUUCUCACUCAUCAUUUUCCAGUGCCAUUUGAUAUCAUAUUAAUGAGAAAUGCAGCAUAGAAGUAGUGAAGACGGUGCAAAAUUUUGGACUCAAGGCCCCAGAUGAACUUGUGCUGAGUUACAGCUUUUCUAGUUCUACGAUCUCGAUCUGCGAUGGUGUUGAUAGCAGUAUUAGCCAUUUGGAAGCUGAUCUGUUUGAGCAGAGGGUACAAAUGAGGAGGUGAGAAAGCUGGAUAGAUUUCUCAGGACUAAAGCGCUGCUGCAUCAUGCUCUUUAAGUAGAGAUAGCACUAUCAGCAGGUAGUCGAACAGGAUUGUGGGUAAUGUAGAAAACCGUGAAAAUAGUCCAACAUAUUAAUGAAAGAAGUUGUGAAACAAGCGAUUUAAAACAUCAUUAACACACAUUAAAGACAAUGUAUAUACCUAGAGAUGUACACACUCUCAAACACAUGUACGUGUCCACACAGAGCUUCAGAUCGGCUGCUUAUGAAGCUGUUUUUGGCCUGCUUGGAGAAUAAAACACUCAUGCAGUGAGAGAAUCAAUAAACAGGAACACAGUCACUAAUGGGAAACUUGGCACACUGUUAUAUGAGCUGUACAUGUUUUAUCAGGG